AUCUUGAUGAAGAAGCAUGAAUUAAAAAAAAAAAAAAAAUAAAUAAAUAUCAAGAAAUUAUAAAACACUAAUGAUUUACUUUAUUUUUUAUAACUGUUAAUUAUUUUAAUAUAAUUUAUACAUUUUUUAGAGAACAAAAUGUCCAAGGAACAAAGUAAUGUGAGUAAGCACGGUUAUCGCAAGAAAGUGUGGAACUACAUGAUGGACAACGACUUGGUGAACUUCCCAUCAAUAGUUUACCACCGCAUACCGAACUUCAAGGGCGCUGAGGAAGCAGCGAAGCGUCUGGCCGAGUUGGAGGAGUUCAAGAAGGCACGUGUCCUGAAAGUCAACCCAGACAAGCCCCAAGAACCAGUCAGAUUGCUGGCUCUGGAAGCUGGCAAGGAGAUCUUGGUCCCGAUACCGAGGCUGAAGUCGGGUUUGUUUUUUCACGUAGUGCCUGUGACUCAUGACGGAGCUGCUACCCAGCAAAACCUGAAAGCCAUGGCGACUCGUUUUGGUAUUGAGACACAUGGCAAGCCUGUCGGCAUUGACGCAGACAUCAAAGUCGACCUGGUGGUCCUCGGCUCGGUCUGUGUUAGCAGGGAAGGCUUCAGGAUUGGAAAGGGCGAAGGCUUCGCUGAUCUCGAGUUUGCCAUGAUGAUGAGGAUGAAAGCGGUUAAUGAUAACACUGUUGUGGUCACGACUGUCCAUGAUUGUCAGCUGGUUGACAAGUUUGAGGAAGGCUUGUUCGAGAGACACGACGUACCUGUUGAUAUUAUUGUCACGCCUACGCAGACUAUUUUUGUUAGUGAGAAGUUGAAGAAACCUGAGGGGAUUUUUUGGAAUAUUCUCACGCCCAGGAGGAUUAAGACGAUGCAAAUUUUGCAAAUUUUGAAGGAUAUUGAUGAAAAAGAAGGCAAGGAGGUAAUUUUGAAAGCAGAUGAGCCCAAUAACACUAAGCCGAGGCGUUUUGAAAAAAAUUGGAAGCGUACGAAAGGAAAAAAGAAUCUUAAAGUCAAAAAAGAGUCAGAAAUAGAACUUAUCACUGAAAAUAAUGACAAAGAAAACGAAAAUAAAAAUGAAACUAAAGCCGAGGAAGAAAAGAAAGAAGUUAAAAAAAAUCGUCGAAGGCGUCGGCCGCAGAAACAAACCGAGAAAAUAGACACUGAAAAAAAUGAGGUAGAAAAAACGGACAAGCCAAAAGAAAAUAAAGGUCGUAAAUUAAAACCGAAGCCUCAGAUUGAUUUUUCAUUAAAGCUCUCUAACAUCGGGUCUGAUGUGCGAGUGAGAGAUUUGAAGAGUGCAUUGUCGCAGCGUGGAAUCAGUCCGACGUCGAUAGCUUGGCGAGGCCAGCGUGGGUUCUGUUAUCUUCAUUUCGGGAAAUUGAGGGGCAAAAAUAAUACGCCGAAUGAGCCGGUUCAAGUCGACUCGAUAGUCGCUAAUUUGCAGCAAUUAUACGUGGGUAACAACGGUAAUCACGGAGGAGAUUCAAAUAUCACAAAUGAUAAAUUUAUUAUCGUUGAACCGGCAAAGCCUGUUACUAGGAUCGAGACAACCGAUGUUUCUGCGGUUUAAUUGACUAUUUUGGUUCGUUAUAAAUUAUAAUUAUAUUAAUUAAUUAUUAUUUUGUACGAGAGUCUAUUUUAUUAACGCGUACAUAUAUAAAUACUCAAUAAUUACGUACUUUGGCUACGUGUGAUAUUUUAUAUAUUUAUUACGCGUUUUUUUUUUCUUUACU